AAGUAAACAGAAAUAAUCCAGAAAACUGAGAAAUGUGGAGAUAAGCAUCACGUUUGUUUUUUAACUGUAUUUUUAUGAAUACUUUUAGUUUUUCAAAAUACUUGUAAAGAGUGAAAUAAAGGAAAAGAACAGGAAACAUAAACAUACAGAUAUUUACUGUUACACAGGAGGAGAAGAAUCAUAGUAACAGUGAGUUCAUCUCAAGAGGAAGGUCCAGGGUUUAGAGAUAUUCAGUCAUUUUUGUUCCAUUUGUCCUUCAUAUCAAUACAGGACUGAAACAUCCUCGCCUUCGUGCCCAACAAUACAGAGAGAGCUUAUCAAAUAGGACAGUAGGGGGCGCUGUACUCAAGCAGAAAAGAAAAUAAAGGAAAAAAAAGAAACAGAGCAUUAUCAGUUGUCAUUAACUGCCUCCUGAUGUGAUAAAAUCACAUUUAAUCAGGAUGGGUUUUCCAUUUCCUCCACAGUCUGGUGAAUUUGUCCGUUCACAGGUUCAGGUUUCUCCAUGUCGUGUAUUUCUUUCAGAAUUUCAGUCCACUCCUCUUUAGUCUGGGUCUCUUUUGACAGCCAUCUUCUUGAAAGAGCUUUUUUACUGGCCACCAACAUUAUUUUUAAUCAAGUAUUUAUCAGCAGUAUUGAUUGUGGAGGAGAUAUUAUCGAGAUAAAAAAGUCAUUUUUAAUCUCAAAGCCGACCACUGAAUUAAUUUUCUUCACUCCAACCUACCAGUAGGAACGUAGAAUCGGACAGUUUCACAAGACGUGGGAAUGAUCCACCUGAGCGUUUCCACACUCUCUCCAACAUUUUCCAGAACUCGUCUGUCCUUUCUGAGGUCCUUUAAUUUUGGGAGUGAUAGAAAAAUCUGAUUAUGUUCUUCCAAGGUUUUAAAAUACUGACUCGGCUGCAUGUCCACAGAUCAGCUGGAACAGGACCACUGACAUGAGAAGUGAGUUGAUAUUGGGGGUAACAGAGGACCCUCUUGAAUGUCUAUAAUUAGUAAAUGCAAUAUAACAGAGCCGUGUCUGCUUCACUGGAAAUUACAAGACAAACGCCAAAGAAUCUGCAUUUCCAAGGGGACGUGUCAGAAAAAUAAAACUGCAUCUGACAGAGAGUGUGGUCCUCAUUUUCUUCUACAUCUUUUACUUACAGGGAGUCAGCAGCUUUCAACAGCAACAGCGUCCUCUGACUGAGGAGUUCAGAUUUUUACACAUGUGGCAUGACAUUACGACAGUAUCCAGUAUGGUCCAGGUUGCAGCUGUGGUCUGUACUGGGAGAACAAAGACAGUUUAGUUCAUCAUCAGGUUCCUCCUUAUCAGUUCAAUGUCACACUGUUGGAAAAACAACCUGUGAGUGAAAUUACAGCUUUCAUCGAGCUGCAUGGUUUCAGCGGAAGAGUAUCCGUCCCAACUCCAAGGCCAAACUUCUCCUUUCCCAUGCUCAUUAAAAAGACACAGAUGUAGGGGAGAGCGGGGUAAGAUGAUCCAUGUUUCAUAUUUCAGAUCACUCCAUCAAGUCAAUCCUAGUUUUGUCUCUAACUCGUGUAUCUGCAGAUAUUUCAGGAUGUUGUUCAUCCCUGCAAACCAACAGAAUGAGUGUAAACAGAACUGUCAUCUUCAGAAGAGAGCAGGACAAAGAAAAGUGGUCUGCACCUCCGAGUCCGAGGUCAUGGUCCUCAGUCGGAGAAAGGUAGAUCACCUUCUCCAGGUUGGAGGGGCGGUCCUGCCUCAAGUGGAAGAGUUCAAGUAUCUCAGGAUCUUGUUCAUGAGUGAAGGUAGGAUGGAGCGGGGGAUCAUCAGGUGGAUCAGAGCGGCGUCAGCAGUGAUGCAGACGUUUAACCGAUCAGUCGUGAUGAAGAAAGAGCUGAGCCGUAAGGAGAGACUCUGGAUUUACCGGUCGAUCUCCGUGCCGAUCCUCACCUAUGGUCAUGAACUUUGGGUAAUGACCGAAAGAACAAGAUCGCAGAUACAAGCGGCUGAAAUGGGUUUCCUCCUCAGGGUGUCCGGGCUCAGCCUUAGAGAUAGGGGAAGGAGCUCGGACACUCGGGAGGCGCUCAGAGGAGAACCGCUGCUCCUCCACGUCCAGAGGAGUCAGCUGAGGUGGCGCGGACUUCUGGACGCCUCCCGUUAGAGGUGUUCCAGACAUGUCCCACCGGGAGGAGACCUCGUGGCCGGCCCAGGACCAGGUGGUGGGAUUAUAUCUCUCGCCUGGCCUGGGAGCGCCUGGGAAUCCCCCUGGAGGAGCUGGUGGAAGUGGCCGGGGUGAGGGCAGUCUGGGCUUCCCUCCUGAAGCUGCUGCCCCCGCGACCCGGACCCGGAUGGUGCGGAAGAAAACGACGAUGACAACUAUAGUUUAUCUUUUUGUUAUACAGAAAAACAAAAUAUUGACUCAUUUUUUUGUUUUUCAUUUACUAGAUUGAAUGGAAUAAUUGAAUGGACGGAUAACACACAGACCCUCAACUUACCCUUUGGCUCAACUUACCCCAGUCUCCCCUACUGAUCUGGUGCUAGUAAGGUAAUUUGGUCUUAUAAAAUGUAGUCUUAUUGAAACAGAAAAAAAAUAUAUGACCACAAAACAGUCUGUGUUUUAAAACUUGUAUGAAUAACGUGGAAAAAGAACUUAAAUUUUUUUUUUUUCAGUUUUACCCGAACUUGAUUUUAUUUCCCGUCAGUAAUGAGCUCAUUUUGUUGGAACAUAUCUCAUCUUUAACUCAACCAUCGACCAAAACUUUAAAAUUUAAAAAAACUACAACUGCUCCGAUAGAAACUCACCCGGAAGUGGGCGGGACUCCGGUGCUACUUCAUUGAUUCUCGCUGUCAAUCAUCGUCGGACGCCUUGUUCCCCGCCCCCGCGACAAGUAACACAUUAAAUCAACAAUUUAAUCGUUUAAUAUAGAAAAUCGUGUUGUGUUGGUGUCUCGUUUUGUUUUAAAUUACUUUUUACUCCGGCUCUCUGGCUCGUAUUUACUCUUAAAUACUCUGUCGUUCCUAAAUCCUCGCUCUCGGUUGGUUGUUUGUGCUGUCAAUCACCGAAGAGGCGGGAGCAGGGACAUUCCUCUUGUCGCUGGUGGAAAAAAGAGAAAGUUUCCAAGAUGGCGGCGUAGACCUGCCUGUCCGCUGGAAAACAAUAGAAACAGAGGGACAGAGUUAGCCUGUUCGAACCGACACCGACCCGUUAUUCCUAUUCACUUCCCGGCUCGGGCUCGACCAGGGUUGAAUUAUCCGCAGCAGCGUCCCCCCGGGGAGGAGGUUAUUUUAAAGCGUAAAAAUGUUUUAUUUAAAUGUUUGUAGGCUGCUCCUCCUAAGCUAGCUAGCCAAACAGAGAGUUAGCAGCAGCAGCUAACGGAGGAUCAGCUGUUAGACAGACAGAUGCUGUAGAAGAACGGACAGCAAGACUUCCACAGUAAGUAUAUUUUAAACACAAUCACGCUUUUAUCGGGUACUAAGAUACGGGUAUUGAUUGACGUGUGUGGGUUUGAAAAUUUCGACGAAAUUAUAUCUUUACAAGCGGAGUAAUUCCUGCCAAGUUUGAAUGUCGCUGAAGUUAGUGUCAUGUUCGUAGUCUUCCAUUCGGCUCAAAAACCCUCUUCUAGACUUGUCAGAUACGGACUAGGUUAUUAAAAACACACACUUUUUUUCUUAAAAACACAUUUUAAACAUUUAUUUAUUAAUGUAAAUAGAAAAGAAAUGAUCGAUAUCCAUGUUUCACACAUUAAUAAACAUCCUGAUCCAAAACACCAACACUUAGACUCUUUAUGUUUGGAUUUAAUUGAUCCAGAAUUGAUUUAUGGACGUUUAAGCAUCGUUAAUGUGAAUACAUACUCAUUUUGUGAGUAUUUAAAGUUUGGCAGCUUAACUAGUUUUGUCACUUUUGGACCACAUUAAAUCAGAUCCUGAUCCAACACCACGGUCCCCAGACUUCUCAGAUCUGGAUUAAAUUAUUCCAGAAAGGCUCAAGACAGUUUGAGAUAUAGUUUAAUGUUUGUAAGAGCUUUUUAUACUUGUGAAAAUUAAAUUGGAGACGAUUUCACCCCGUUUUCUACAUGUACUAAUACCACACUAACUUCAGCGCCGUCAAGUUUGUGAAGAAGCUAAGCUUGUUAGCUCCGAGCUAACUACAAAUACUUGAGCAAAAUAAAAGUUUCAGCCAAGUUGGAGACUUUAUUAUGAUGUUUUCGCUGAUUAAAUUUAAAAAUCGAUUUCUGCGAGGCAUCGAAAUGAGAAACAGAGUGGAUAGAUUUUGAGAAAAAGCCGAUUUAAAGGCUUGUGUGAUAGUUUUUUGGGGGAUUUUCGACGCUCCAACUUUGAUUCAGAGUGGAGGAAUGUGCUAACCUAACUUCGCUCAGUUUGGGCAGUUUGAGGGUGAAAAAGUCCCUUUUUCAUUGAUUCCUAUUGUUAAUUAGUGUAAAAAACGGUGAAGGGUUUGUCUGUAAAGUAGCAGGCGUGGGUUUGUUGUCAUAGAAGAGGAUAAAUGGUCUGUUUGUGUGUGUGAUUUUGGGGUUAAACUCGGGCGGAAUGUGGCUCUAUUAAGAAGACUCCUCUGUUUUAUUACACAGCUACUUAAACGAGCUGCUGUAUGACAUAGAAAAUAAGGCUGAUAGUAGAAGAAGCCUCUGGGGUUAAAGUGUGUAAGAUGCACCCAAAAACCUUCAUUUUCCUCUCCGGCAGUGAGUGAAGGCCAUUAGCAAGACAAAGGUCGCCUGCAUGGAGCCAGCACAGGAGUCUUUGUAAAGGGCGAGGGGGGGUGUAUAGACGCCCAGAGUGAAAAAGAGCCUAAUUCAGCGUUUUAUGGACGCAACCUGAGCCGGGAGUUUACUACAAGUCUUUAUUGAUGAUGGCGGAUUUUGUUACACCGCGACACAGCGCGGUGAUGGAGAGGCUCCGCCGGAGGAUCGAGCUCUUCCGGCAGCAUCACAACAGCUGCGAGAGCCGCUACGAGAACGCGACGCUGGAACGACUGGAGCUGGAGAGGCAGCAGACCUUCGCCCUGCACCAACGCUGUCUGCAGGCCAAAGCCAAGCGGUCCAACAAGCACCGGCAGCCCCAGACCAGCGGAGACCAGGCCGGGCAAAGAGCACCGGGCAGCGGCGGAGGAGGAGGAGGAGGAGGAGGAGGAGGCAGCGCGGAGCACGGAGAUGGAGGAGGAGGAGGAGGAGGGACGGCGGCGGAGCAGAGCAGGAACAGCACCCUGAUAGCGGUGAGUGAGAGCGGGACACACACGGUUCAGAGGCACGCUGGUACAUCCACACAUGAAUACAAGCCGGAGAAAGCAGGCUGAGAGUGAUGAACAGAAACUACAAACUUACAUCCAGGGAACAAAAGUCUAUUACUACCACAUAUAACUUAAAGGGAUAUUCCGGUGUAAAAUUGAUUUAGGGUCAAACCCACCGUAACACCGAGUUAGACACCCCCUCCAGAGAUGAAUGGUGCCGACCGCUUCCUUCUCUAGUUAUACCAACUUUAAUACGACCGCAGGAUAGCAAUACACAGAGACACGCGCUCAACCAAAACGCCACUCUAUAGUCACAAAUAAUGCUCAGAACAGCACCUAACUUCAUCAACAGUAUAUAUAUGGUCACAGACAUAGUACUAGACACCAAACAUCUUUUUAACUUUGACUCAUUUCUUUAGCAAAGAGACUAAACACAACUCACCUACUCUCUUCCAGCAGACACUUGUUUGUAGAGAGACCUCAGGCCAGUCCAUUACAGACUACAGCGGGGUGCCGCAGCUCGAGGAAGAACAUUUAUGAUCGUUUCUUUAUCAUUUCCUUGAAGUAAUAAUCACCAUAUUGAUCAUUUUACAGACGCGGUAGUUCUUCUGCCUUAGCGUCUCGGUCUGAUUGUAUUUCCAUGAAGAAAUGAUCAUAAAUGUUCUUCCUUGAGCUGCGGCACCCCGCUGUAGUCCGUAAUGGACUGGCCUGAGGUCUAUAUGUCCUGUUGAUGAAGUUAGGUGCUGUUCUGAGCAUUAUUUGUGGCUAUAGAGUGGCGUUUUGGUUGGGGGCGUGGCUCUCUGUAUUUCUAUCCUGCGGUCGUUACUAAAGUUGGUAUAACUAGAGAAGCAAGCGGUCGACAACAUUCAUCUCUGGAGGGGGGGUCUAACUCGGUGUUACGGGGGGUUUGACCCUAAAUAAGUUUUACGCCGGAAUAUCCCUUUAAUAGUCACAUUUACAUGUAUGACUGCAGUAUAGUUUUCUCUCCCUGCACAAUAUUAAACAUGGACAUGACACUUGUAGUGACUAUGCUGAGCUGAAUUUUAGUAACUGUCUGGGUGCAGGAUUGAGGUGUUUUUGACGCGCUUCUAGAACAAUCCAAUGUCCAGUCCAAGGUUGUUGUUAAAUUAUAUUUUUGCCAUUUAUUGACCAAAUGAAAACAAACAAAAAAAGACAGAUAUGUCCAACUUAUGAUGAUGUUUGUGAUGAGAUUAGCAGUAAAAACUGUUUGCAUUCCAAAUCACUGUUUCACCUGUGUCGCUCUUGUAGCGUUUACCUGCCCGUUCACCUGAAGUGCCUCUUGUGGUGAUUGUGCGAGCAAGAAAACAAAACACAAAAAAUAAUAUAGAUAAAAUGACUUGGACAACACUUAUACGCUCAGGCUCAUGUUAAACAUAUGCAUGACUGCUAAAGAGUGAAGAGUGUAAAGAACCUGUUUAUUUCAUGUAUUCAGUAGUUAACAGAUCAGUUAAUUUACACAAAGAAGAGAUGAACUUUUUGAUGCUCUGUACAUGCAGGUAGAUUAAAAAAAUACCUGGUCAAACGUAUUUAAUUAUUCAAAAUAAUAACAUGAGUUUUUAUGUGACACAGACAUUUGUUAUGGUGUCUGCCAUCAAGAUAAAACAACAUAUUAUGUUGAAUUCAAAGUGUAAGAGAGGCGGUUAGAGCAAAAGUUGAAGUCAGUUGCUGUUAUUAAUCAAUUAUUAAUAAUCAAAGCUUGAACAAAACUCACAUAAGGUCACUAUAGUUUCCAGCUGUGAGUGGUGGGGUUCCAGUUUGUGUCUGUGUACAUCAGUGUGUGUCAGCCUGCACUCAUGUACCUCCAACGAGCAGACCGCAGAGGAACAGGAGAGAGAAAAUACAGUUUACUGUUUUUGGUGUUUGGUUGGUGUUGAUUCUGCUCCAUGUAUGUCGUGUUUUUAGAGGAUUAACAUAACGAUGUUCCUCAGUGUAAUAACAGAGGGCUUCAUGACUGUGAUGGUGCAGACCUUUGUACAGAAACAUGAGUGUUAGGACGUGUCAAUCAAACUAAACUUGAUUAUAAAAUCAGUCAUUACCAACCACAGCUGAACGUAUGAACCCUCACUGUCCACAACUGUUCUUUAUUCCUGUUUUAAUGAAGUUCACAGCAGCUUCUUCAUGGUAGACAUGAGGAGGACCUCUGUUUGGGACAAUACAGCAGGUGCAUGUUAAAGAGUUAUGACAGGACUGUGAGAUGACACCACUAUAGUGUAAGGAUGUAACUCACUGAUAACAGAGAUAUGAUGGGUCUCAUUAAGUAUUUGUUCAAUAAUAAUCAUCAUGAUAAUAAUCGUAGUAGUCAUGGUUACUGGUGACUGAUAGAUUUAUAGAUCUCUUCAGUUUUUUCUGGAUCUUCUUCUGCAGCUUAUCUUGAUCCCAGUCACCCACACAGGACCUCCAGAUGAACAUCAUGUUCACACUUCUGUGUGGGUCUGAGCUGCUCAGUCGUAUCUUUAUUGUGUAUCCUGAAGUGAUACACACUGACACAGUGACCCACAAUCUGACAGGGUGUAGAGUCAUAUCUAAACAUUUGACACACACACACACACACACACACACACCUGUUCAGUCAGCCGCCUGUUUUGUCACAUGAUUCAAACAAACUGUGUGUGUUUGUAAUCAGAGGUGAUUGAUCGCCCACUCUGCACUCCUCUGUGUGUGAGUGUGUGUUCUUUUUUAAGGAGUGUGUGUGUGUGUCCUCUGUGAUUGGCAGACACAGGAAGUGUUGUGUUGUGUUGUGUUGUGGCUGUCUGGUCAUGUGACCUCUGUGUUUCUUCGCUCUCUGGUUGUGGUCGCUUUGAUAGACAGACCGGUUUGAGGUCCACCUAAUCCUGCUGGAGAAACCAAACCAGAUCUGGACCUUGGACUCUGACCUUUGACCUCUUUUGGUUCAGUUUGAAGCAGUGUUUUUGUUAGAGAUGAUCUGAUUUAACACCUGCAGUCAGAAUUAACUGUUUUAUUCACUUUUUAACCUCGACAGUCUGAUCAAAAAUCAAUGAAUCGAUUUAAGAGCGUAAAUCUAACUUAGUUUUUUCUGCUGAGAGGUCUAAAACUUGAUCUGAUCCCAGUCUACCCACUUUAGAGCCACAGCUUUUGUCCAUGAGGUCCAUUAUUUAACCACGAAGCCAAACUGGCGCUCUGGUGCAGAAGUGCGAAGUCUAGAUGUCUUUCAUGUUAAAUGAGGAGUUGAAACGCUCUCAGGAAUCCCUGUCCUCUGCUGUCUGGAGUUUAUAAGAACACAGACUGAGAGUUUAGUGAUCCGGACUGAAAAUGAUCAUGUCUGAACAGUUUCAGGUGAUUGAUUGUUUGUCAGGAAGUAGAUUUUUAUUUUCUUUGUAAAGUUUGUUCAGCGGGUCGUUGCUCCUCCUCUCUGCUGUUCGAGGACUGUGAUCGAAACAACCAGAAGGUUUGAUUUAAAGCAGAAAAUAAACUGAAAGGUCAAAAUUAUAAAUUGGAAUAAUAAUCUGGUUCAUAAAAUCUGAUUGUUUCUGAACUUUACAACAUUUUAAUUUUUAUGUAACACAUUACAGAAAGGAGGAAUGACAGGAUCGGUUAUUUCCAUGAUCCUGAAGUUGUUUUAAAAAUCGAUGAAAUGAGAAUAUCCGGUGAAGACGCCUCCAGAGUCUCUGCUGUUACCGUCGUCGGCACACACCCCCUCCUCCCUACACAGACAGGUGGAUCAGAACAUGUUGACUGAUCAUGCUCACCUGUAAAUCUACAGGAAACACCUGUCAGCUGUUCAGGGUCGUGUUUGAGCAGCUGCUUCCUCACAUGAAUUCUUCGGUUAGAAUAAAUGAGGAGAGAUUUCCCUGAAGUGGAUCUCAUACUGAGUCCACGAUCCGGACACCCAGGACACCCAGGGUUCAGCGUGUGUCCCAUAAGACUGAGCAGCACAGGUGUGUGUGUGUGUGUGUGUGUGUGUGUGUGUGUGUGUGUCUGUUAGCAGAGACUCAACCAGAGGAGAGGGUUGUUUUAGGGUCCAAAGUCCACUGGAUAGACUUGAUAGUAUCCCAGCAGGUGAGAGACUGUCGGUUGUGUUUAUGAGGGUUACUCUGAAGCUCCAGACACCAGAGAGGCUGAAUGUCCACAGCAGAAGUUUACACUCCUGAUGGAGGAGUGGAAAAAAAACCCACGCCCUGUUAGUCCUCUGAAACUGAAAGUGUUGUAUCUGUAAAACACCUGGAAUCCCCAAACUCCUCCACCUUUAUCUCUCUGUGGGCAAACAUCAAAAUCUUCAUGACUCUGAACAUCUGCUGAGAGGAGACUCAGAGACUGAGAGGAGAGGCGAAGAUCUGAAACCCCAGAAAAGAGUCGAGGAAACAACACCGACCUGUUAGAGGACCUUCAGAGUUUGACCUCACUUAAAAAAAUUCACGCCCAAAGUUUCUGUCCUCGUCUGACUUUAGUCCAAAUGAUGUGAAUUUUCUUUUAUUAGCUGAGUUUCACUUCAUCAUGAUCCAUCGUUUAAAGUCCCACUAUUUCACAUUUCCAAACAGUUUCCAAAGAUCCACGUUAAAGUUCUUCUUCAAGUGUCUCAGUAAGACUCGGUCUGAAUGUUUGUGUCGUGAAGUUUCAGUCGGUAUUAAAAAGGUCAAACCAACAAAGACCGAACUUCUCCUGAAGAUCCAAACCUGUAAGAAGGUCCUGGAGUUUAUCUGAGGAAGGAUGUUCAGCAGUCCUGAAGGAGGACUGUGGGGUCACCCCGGAGGUCUUAGGGGUCCCUGCACGGACUCACAUGAGCUCUGAGGUGGUGCUGUUAUCUUAGGUGUUUUUAACUCUGUCUGAGGUGACUUUGGGAGUUUUCCUGAUUCCUACUUAGACUCUUAGACUACUUAGACUAAGGAAGUUUCUCAUGUUCUCUGCUUUUAUCAGUUUGAUCAUUUUAUCCAGAAACAUCAAGAAGUUUUGGUUGGAGAGUGUCUUAAUGGAUCAGUGAUCAGCUGUCGACAGUGUGACCGUUUAAAUCACAUUCGCAACUAAAAAUAGAAAUGGUAAAAUGUAUUAAGGGUCACGUGCUCAUAAAAAAAACCAACAAAUGUUUUUGUUCUCUAAAUACGGCGGUGAAGUUAGUUUCAGGUUGGAUAUAUUUUCCUGUAAAUACGGCGGUGAAGUUAGUUUUAGGUUGGAUAUAUUUUCCUGUAAAUACGGCGGUGAAGUUAGUUUUAGGUUGGAUAUAUUUUCCUGUAAAUACGGCGUUGAAGUUAGUUUCAGGUUGGAUAUAUUUUCCUGUAAAUACGGCAGUGAAGUUAGUUUUAGGUUGGAUAUAUUUUCCUGUAAAUACGGCGGUGAAGUUAGUUUCAGGUUGGAUAUAUUUUCCUGUAAAUACGGCGGUGAAGUUAGUUUUAGGUUGGAUAUAUAUUUUCCUGUAAAUACGGCGGUGAAGUUAGUUUUAGGUUGGAUAUAUUUUCCUGUAAAUACGGCGGUGAAGUUAGUUUUAGGUUGGAUAUAUUUUCCUGUAAAUACGGCGGUGAAGUUAGUUUUAGGUUGGAUAUAUUUUCCUGUAAAUACGGCGGUGAAGUUAGUUUCAGGUUGGAUAUAUUUUCCUGUAAAUACGGCGGUGAAGUUAGUUUCAGGUUGGAUAUAUUUUCCUGUAAAUACGGCAGUGAAGUUAGUUUUAGGUUGGAUAUAUUUUCCUGUAAAUACGGCGGUGAAGUUAGUUUCAGGUUGGAUAUAUUUUCCUGUAAAUACGGCGGUGAAGUUAGUUUUAGGUUGGAUAUAUUUUCCUGUAAAUACAGCGGUGAAGUUAGUUUCAGGUUGGAUAUCUGACGGACAUUCUCUGAGGAUCUACCGUUGUGUCUUCUCACUCUCCAUAACCGGGAAUAACAACAGCAGCGCGGUUAAAUCUACUCGACACCCUCACUGUCAACGUCGGUGUUGAAUAAGGGACCGUCAAUAAAUUACCGGUUGAUGUUCUCAGAAAAGGCUGUUUUCCUUCAGUGGCUUCACUGUCAUGUGACCAAAAGACCUAAAAUUGAUUUCUAAUAAUAGUACUAAGGUCGAUCAAUAAGACAUACAUUAUUGAUCAGUUUUCAUUGAUCCUCUAAAGUUCUUUGUGCUCCUUACUUUUUUAACUCAGGAGAACAUGUGAACAAAGUUAGAGUCGAACCCUGAGAUGGACGCAGAUGUUGCUCCUAAACCUGGAGAUCUUUUUAAAAACCUGAGGGUGCAGCAUCUAUGAUUUCCAGUUCUGUGUUGAAAGGAUACUAACGUCGAUCAAUAAGACAAACAUUAUUGAUCAAUUUUCAUUGUUCCCCUAAAGUUCCUUGUGUGCUCCUUAGUGUCAAACCCUGGUCAGUGAUUGGAGGAAAAGCGCUGAAUCUCAGUGAUCCCACUAUCAGCGAGUUUCUGGAGUCUGUGAAACGGACCCACAAACACAGAGAGGAGUCCUGAGAGGUGACUCAGUCUGAGCAGAAACCCCCCACCGCCCCCUCACAGCUGACUCAUCACUCUGACUCUGCGUGCGUGUGUGUGUGUGUGUGUGUGCUCAGUAUUAACACUGUCAGGAAACGCCUCGCUCCAACUCCACACCUUGUUGACUGAAAGAGACGUGAAGGAGGCGGGGCUUUUACCCUCAUACAGAGCAGUGAUUGGCUUGUUCAGCAGUGAUGUCAUUGAAGACAUAGAUAUGAAUCCUAAAUCCUACAGAGCAGGUCACACAUAGACAAAAAACAACCUAGACUCACCAAUCAAGUGAUCCUGAUUCAUCUGUGAGUGUGGAGCUUCGUUCUCAACAGGCUCUAAAAGUUCCUCCAAAUAACCAAAAACAUAACUGAUGAAGAAACAUCAAACUUGGUGUAAACUCCGAGAGCGGCGGUUCCUGCAGAAACCUCGCGUUCGAACAGAGAUAAGCCGGCGUAAAAAAGGCGAGAUGUUUAGGAUUUUUGUGGCGGAGGGAGAGCUGAAAGUUUGAGGAUGAGUCAGUGUGGAGAUAUUCAGAAAGCUUUAUUUAUCAGAGUGAAAUGUGAAACAUGCAGACUAAGUAGUUUUAGCCAAAACAAAGAGGCUCAGUGUGUGGAUAAGAGAGAGUCUUCAGCCUGCAGAGAAAUGUUCAGUAUUUUUCUGUUUUUCAAAGACUCGCAGACAAAGACGUCCUCUGAGAUGAUCAAAUCUAAACUGUCCUCUUAAACGGUGACAGAGGAGAGACGGUUACUUCAUCCACUGGAGAGAGAAAAAGAUCUUUAUAUGAAACGCUGAUUCACGGUUAAAACACCAAAGUCACUGAAGAGUGGGACAACAUUUUACCUUCACACUCCAGGACCUGGUCUGCUGGGUUCACUGAGGUCUACAGAGAGUUUGGAAUCCAGAACCUGUUUUUUGAUUUUUAGAAAAUCAGAUUUAAAACGUGCAUUUUUCAUCUUCUACAACAGAACCGAUUUUAGUUUGGACUUUUAGUUUGUUGUUUUUCUGGUUCAAACUUUGAAUAGUUCAGAAACCGUCAAAUUCUGCUCUUAGAUUACAGAUCUCAGAUUCUCAUGAAGUGGACAAGAAAAGACGUGGAGUUUUCCUGUGACUACUGUGUUGUUGGUUGUUGUGUUGGUUGUUGUAUUUGCUGUUGGAUAAACUCGUCUCGCUGCCUCAGAGUGAGUCUGGAUUACACAGACUGACCUGAACUUUAGAUAACUUUAGUUUCUGUGAUUUUUCUUGAACCUUUUUUUAACUCGGCAGCAGCUGAAGUUUUUAGUGAACACAGGACUGCACUUCUUAAAGCUGACUCUGACCUUUGACCUCUGACCCGUGAAGUCCCCGCUGAGAGGUCAGACGUCGUUGUAAGUCAGAAACUCUCCGUUAGUUUAUUAACCUGAGGGACUCUCAUAUCCAUAAUGUCUCUGAUGUCUACGGAGUUUUUGGCUUUUUCAGCUCUUACAGGACCUCCUCACUACUCUGUUGACCCCCCCAACAAGUCCUGUAUCCAUGGUAACGGGGAAGGGGGCAGGGUCAGACCAGUAUUUCAGGUUUGAGGAGCUGAAUGAGUCACUGGAGUUUCCUUUCGCUCGGGGCAGAGACUCUCUCUCUCUCUCUCCCCCUCAGUUCUCAGUUCUCCAGCAGUGAUUUAUCGAUCUGAUCGAACUGAUCGGUCUUCAGAUUGAUCAACCAAUCAAAUAAUCACUCAGACAGCUUUUCAUCUAAACUAGGUCAGGCUGAGUCUGAGGCAGAAGUCCUCCUGGAGUCCAGCAGACCACUCAGAGAAGGAGAGCUGCUUCAGGACGUCCCAGUCGGUUCUUUCUUCUGGUCGUGAUGAGAGCUGACCCGGAUCAGAACUUCAGAAUCACACAAUAAUAAAAAGAACAGAAGAAGAAGAAGAGCAGGAGCUCCUACCGUCUGUUUACAGAGAGGGUCUGUCCUGUCAGUAACGUCCUCACAAUAACCCCCCCACCCUGUCAGCGACAAAAACUGGAACCUUUCAAAGACUUCAGAUGUUUUCAUGAUCGUUGAGAGGACAAAGAGACACAGACUUCGAUAACUUCAUCUAAAGAUGUUCAGAGUUUCAGAGGUCGUAGAGCUGUGGGGCUUUUAUUUUGACAGUUUCCUUAGAUUAGAUCAGAUUAGAUUUUCCUUUAUUCAUCCAUCAGUGGGGAAAUUAAGUUGUUAACAGCAGCAAAGAACUAAAAAGAGCAGUGCAAGGGAGGAACAGUACUAAAGACAAGUUUAAGAAAAAUAUAAACGAGAAAAAAAGAGAUCAGUGCCAACAAAAAAACAGGUAUGGCUGUGGUGAUGAUGAUGAUGAUAUUGCACAUGUUUAAUAUAUAAUUCAGGUUGUAGUUUUGUUGGUGGUUUUGGUCUGGUUGUAGAGUCUGAUAGCAGCGAGGAGGAAGGACCUGCGAUGCCUCUCUGUGAUGCAUCACAGGUGACGGCACCAGUCGCUGAAGGAGCUUUCUGAGGCUCUUACAGACUCGUGAAGAGGGUGGGAGACAUUGUCCAGGUUUGAUGACAGCUUUGCCACCAUCCUCCUGUCACCCACUGCCUCCACGGGGUGGAGACUGCAGCCCAGGACAGAGCCGACUUUUAUUACCAGCCUGUCCAGUCUCUUCUUCUUCUCCGCUGCUGUAAAAGAUGGCUGACGCCGCCGCAGAGUCAUAAAGGGUCCUGAGGAGUCCUUCCCUCUGUCUGUGCAGCAGGUGGACUCUGCUUUGGCCUUUCUUCUAAAGCGCCUGAGGGUUAUCAGUCCAGUCCAGGUUCUUCUUUUUUUCCCAGCGGCGUUGAUUGAAAGUCUCUUAGUUUCCUGUUUUGUCUAAACUUGUUUCAGUUUGAGAUGAAGUAUCUGCUGUUAGGGUUCGACUGUAAAAGUAUCUAUCCUUCAGAGCCCUGCUGCUGCUGGUUUUUAUCCUCACUCUGUUUCUCGGUGGGUGGGCAGCAGAAAGCACCACGACUGGACCCGUUCUGUGAAACUCUAACUCAUACAGACUCUUGAACGUCUCACACUGAUCCCAGAAAAAACUCCGUAAUGACCCUUUAACAGCUUGUUUUAAAGUCUGAGGAGCCUGAUCCCUCCUCAGCAGAGCUCUUGUUCAGACAGUUAUCAGGACUACAGCUGGUCAAACAGAAAGAGCUGAAUCACCAGCAGGUACUGAAGCUCUCCGCUCGGCUUCACGCCCUCAGAACAGAGUCCAGGAAUCACCCGGAGCAGCUCCACUCUCACUGUCAGGGGAAAAUGAGGCUUCAGACUGAAAUCCGAAAAACGUUUGAUCAAACCAGCGUGAGAAACAACAGCAAAAAGAACAGAUAUCAAAGUCGAGAUUUGGUCUGGAUCUGAGGUGGUUUUUGGGUCAUAUAUCUCUGUAGUUCUGUGAAAGCUUGUGCAGUGAAUAAGGAGGUCUGCAGAACGGGACCAGGUCACAGACGAGUGAACUGAACCGGUUCAACAUCAGCAGAUGCAAAGUGUGAGACGGUUCAGCUGCUCUUCAGAAAAUCACAAUGUUUGUCUCAAAGUCUGAUCGUAGUGAUGAUGAUUACCUUCCUUAGACACUCAGGUGUGUUUUUCAUCAGGUAUGACUGCAUAAAUAUUCAUGAAAACGUUGUUAAUACGGCGUGUCUUCAGACGUCCCCUCAGCUGCUCCAGAUCGAUCAGAGGAACUUCUUCACGUUGCUCCCUCUUCUCAGGCUUUAACAGUUCAACUUCUCCAUGUCCUCAAAUCCAACAUCUCAGUGCAGGUUGGUUGCACAACUCCUGGCCAACCUCUCGGUCCAAAUACUUGGACUCUGCCGUUUUGGCAGCAGUCGCACUAAUCAGGAAAUUCUCCACAUAUUUGGGUGAAGACGUCAUGUUUCUGCUCUCUGUGACGCCACUCUGCUCAGGAGGCUGAAGUUCUGCGCUCUGCUCCUCUCAGGAGUUCUCCUCUGUGUUUUAAGACAUGAACAAAUAUAUGAAUAAACUUUUAGGUUUAAAUCCACAGACAGAUGAUGAUUCAGCAUUUCUCUAAAGUUCAUGAACUUUAAUAUAAAGUUUGUUUUCUCUUAAAGGUUCAGAGCCGAGGCAGAAAAUGGGAACAGUUUGAUAGUUUAAUGACAGGAUACUGAGAUUUUAAGGGGAUUUAGUUCCUCUGACUGAAAACUGUCUUCAUUCUUCUGUCCUCAUGGUUCCUCUUUCUUCUGUCCUCAUGAUUCCUCUUUCUUCUGUCCUCAUGAUUCUUCAUUCUUCUGUCCUCCUUAUUCCUUAUGGUUCCUCAUUCUUCUGUCCUCAUGAUUCCUCUUUCUUCUGUCCUUAUAAUUCUUCAUUCUUCUGUCCUCAUGGUUCCUCAUUCUUCUGUCCUCAUGGUUCCUUAUGGUUCCUUAUUCUUCUGUCCUCAUGGUUCCUCAUUCUUCUGUCCUCAUGGUUCCUUAUGGUUCCUCAUUCUUCUGUCCUCAUGAUUCCUCUUUCUUCUGUCCUUAUAAUUCUUCAUUCUUCUGUCCUCAUGGUUCCUCUUUCUUCUGUCCUCAUGGUUCCUUAUGGUUCCUCAUUCUUCUGUCCUCAUGGUUUCUAAUUCUUCUGUCCUCAUGGUUCCUCAUUCUUCUGUCCUCAUGGUUUCUAAUUCUUCUGUCCUCAUGGUUCCUCAUUCUUCCGUCCUCAUGGUUCCUCAUUCUUCUGUCCUCAUGGUUCCUCAUUCUUCUGUCCUCAUGGUUCCUCAUUCUUCUGUCCUCAUGGUCCCUCAUGGUUCCUCAUUCUUCUGUCCUCAUGGUUCCUCAUUCUUCUGUCCUCAUGGUUCCUCAUUCUUCUGUCCUCAUGGUUCCUCAUUCUUCUGUCCUCAUGGACCCUCAUUCUUCUGUCCUCAUGGACCCUCAUUCUUCACCUCAUUUUUGUGGAGAAUCAUGUUGAUGAGGCUCAACAGUCUCUUGGAGUCUUCCUGACUGUUUUUUCUCCUCUUUGUUAUUUCGUUUUUUUUCUCCUAUAAGAUUUUAAAUUACCAAACUCAUCUGAGAUCAUCUGGACCACCAAAGUUUGGACUCAGAGAUGUGUGCAGAGUUUGUCAGUCCUGCAGAGAGACAAACACACAGAAUGUGAAGUUCUGCUGGUUCCUGAUCAUGAUUGAAGUUCUCCAUCAGACAUGUCUAAGAAUUGAAAUAAAGCUUCAGAUCAUUUAGAGAUGUUGAUGAAUUUGGAGAUGUUGGAGUGAGACCUCUGUGUUGACUCUGACCCUGCAGCUGUAGUUUCAGUUCUAAGAGGCCGAGCUGACUCUACUGAUGAGGAUCAUCCCUGCAAAACACCAGAGGACCUUCUUGAUUCUGCUCUUAGAUGUUGUGAUACUUACCCUCGAAGGAGCCGGGUCUGCCUGAGUGAGAGGGUUAGGGUUCGGAAAGACUGUUUGAGUAAAUCUGAACACAAACACGGACUCUUUUAGUCCAGGAUCAGGUUUUUAAAUCAGAGAGUUUUCAGUAUGAAGGUGGAGAAAACGGAGACAAACAUGACUGAGGUCCACAGAUCAGACCCAUCAGGAGCCCCAACAGUCAGAUGUGAAGAUACCAAAAACACACACAGCUGUUUUACGGGUAUGAAACAGUGGAGGUCAAAGGUCAGAGCCUGUUGAAUAAGCUGUUUCUGUUCACCAUCAGGAGUGUAAACAGCCGAGUGAGUCUCACCUGGACUCACCUGUCCGGUCCUCCUCCUCCUCCUCCUCUUCCUCUGGUGUUGGAUAAGCUCUGAGCAGAGCGUGUGAGGAUCAGCUGAUGUUCUGGAUGUUCCGCUCAGUUCCGGCUCAGGCUCCUGGUUCUGCCUGCAGAGUGGACAGAUGUGAUCUGCUGACUGCUCUGAGGAAGCUCUUUGUUAUCGCUGUUAUGUAAGCCCAGCCUGCAGCUGAUUCUAUUAACAGACCGCUGCUGUCUGCAGCAGCUACAGCGCCCCCUGCAGGCAGAAAUCUGCUCUGGGAGACACUGAAAUAGAAAUGCUGUCAUGUUUGGACAGCUGAGUUUGUUACUCAGCAGCAGCGGAUAACCUCGAUUUGAAGAAGCAGAUUUCUAAAUGAGGACGCCGUCGAACACACUCAGAGUAAUUUAGGCGUUCAGUUACAGACCGGAGUGAAUCAGAGACAAGCGAAAACACGAGUUUUAUCUCAACGAGAUCUUGGCUCUGAGGAAUGUUUGUGUUUAUGAAGAAGAGUUUGAAUGAAUGAGUGAAAAUCUGUCUCUUCAUAAAUCGAUCAUCAAUCAAUCAGUCUUUUUCAUACAAAACCGAUGUAGCACAAAGUUCUUUACAAAGCAGAGGAAUAAAAGAAACAAAGAAAACCCAAACCUACCCUGAACCAACCCCUCAUUCCCACAUCUGAACAGAAACAGAAUUAAAACACAUGAACUUAAAAAGGGUUUGAUUUUAUAUAAACAGGAAUGUGGCGCUGAGAAAACGCCAUUUUCAAACUCAAGAUAAAGAAACACUUGUAGUUUAAAAACUAAAAACAAAGUAACUGAAUGAAAUUUAAGAAAUAAUCAAUAAAAUGAAAUAAAAACAGUAAAAGAAACUAAAGUAAGAGCUCAAUAAAAGAGGAUCCUGUCAUUAAAACUAGAAAGAGAUAAAUGAUAAAACACUUAAAAUUAAUGAUAUAAAAUUUAGUUAAAAGACUAAAAAGGUUUUCAGUUUGGUUUUAAAAUCAUUAGUUUUCAGUCCUCAGGUCUUCAGGUCAGCUGUUCCACAGACGGGACCGUAGUAAUGAAAAGGUUCCUCACCGUAUGUUUUAGUUUUAACUUUAAUAAUGUUCACAGAGAACUUCCUGAAGACCUGAGGACUCGACCUGACUCAUAAGAUAAAUAAGAAGGACCGAAGACAUGAAGAGCUUUAAAAACCAAUAAAACAAACUUAAAAUCGAUUCUAAAAGAGACGAGGAGCCGACGCAGAGACGUUAAAAUCGCUGUAAUGUGAUCUCUCUUUUUUAAAUGAUAAAAUGUCUUCUUGGUGAAAUCUCGUAUGUGAGGUUCAAAGCUCAGUUCUGAAUCAAAUAACUUGUUGUUUUGAGUUUGCUGACCUGUAAAAAGUUCUGCCAUCCAUGAUUUAACGUCUAAGAUGCAGUUAAAAAGGGGCGUCGAGUGGUUCUGUGUCAUCAGGAGACACGGCGACAUAAAGCUGUGUGUCGUCAGCGUAGCCGUACCUCCUGAUGACAUUUUCUAAAGGAAACAUAUAAAGAUUAAAAAGUAACCUUGAGGAACACCAUACUUCAUGUCGAUUGAUUUCACCCUUUGUCGUGUUUUUACUGACUCUCUGUGUUUGUUUGUUUGUCUCGUUCAGCUGCAGGAGACGGUCAAGAGGAAGUUGGAGAGCGCCGGUUCUCCACUGGGCAGAGAUCAGGUCAACGGUUUCAGCGACGGCUUCCCUCCCAACAAGAAGGUGUGUCUGGACAACGGCACCGCCAACGGAUCCCCGCUGGACUCUAAGCUGGGGAUCAGCGACGCGCUGAACUCAAACGGGACUCACGGACCGCCAGGGGAGACGACAGACGGCGGACGGGACACGGGCGCAGACAUCCAUCGGAAGGAGAUGAAGCAGGAGCCGGACGACAUCCUGCCCAUCAUGCCUCCAUCGGGAGGAGGAAACAACUCGCUGUUCCCCGACCUGAACCUGAACGAGCAGGAGUGGACGGAGCUGAUGGAGGAGCUGAACUGUUCGGUGGCCUACGAGGACAUCCAGGACAUCCUCAACGACGGCUUCGAGGACCGCAAGGACCCCCUGGAGCUGGCUCCUACUCCGGGCAGUGCUGGGGGGUCGGUGGGAGGAGGAGGAGCUGGGGGAACAGCAGGUGGAGGGGGAGGACAGUCGUCUCAGGGUCUGCUCCCCCCUGAUCUGGUCAGCGUGAAGACCGAGUUCUCCCCCGCCUCUGUGGCCUUCGAGCAGGACUCUCGCACCGGCUCCCCCCACGUGAGGUCCACCUCCUCUGGGCCUCCUCCCCUCCCCACCAGCUCUCCUGUCGCCUCCUCCUCAGCCUCCUCCCCCGCUCUGCCCCCGUCCCAGCCGGCCCCUCCGCCCAGGCAGCUCCAGCCGCCCCCUAACCACCUCCUCCCCCCCGGACCCCCUGUGCCCAAAGACCUGUCCCCGGCCCAGCAGCUCCAGCAGCUGGCCGCCCAGCAGCAGAGAGCGCAGCACCUCCACGGACAGAUGCAGCACAAACAGGGGCCACAACCGGGGGCCAAGUUCCACAACCAGGGGCCCCAUGCCCACCCCCAAGCUUGGCCCCAAAUGGCCAACACCUCUCAGAGCCCACUAGGGGGCGUGUUUGGUAUGGACAAACCCACAAGCCCCUCUUUGUACCCCCAGGACUUCAACCCUAACACCCAGAAGCAGCUCCUGAUGCCCACCCAGCCCAACAAAGGCUCUCCUAAAGGGGGGGCCGGCAGCUACAUGCAGGGGCCCGCCGGGCACCCCAACAUGCUGGGUCACCCCACGCCGGGGCCGCCUCUCAGUCACCCGCCUGCACCGGGGGCUCAGGCCCCCGCAAACAUGCCGAACUACAACAACACCAAACCUCUGUCACACUUUGAGGCGGGGCCCGGACCCCCGCGGCCCCCAAACAACCAGAGCCAGAACAAGGCGGCCCUGCUGACCAUGCUGAGACAACAGCAGCAGCAGAUGAAGCAGAAGAACAGCAUCAACUUCCGCCAACACAUGCCACACACACAGGUGAGAGACGCACACACACACACACACACACACACACACACACACACACACACACACACACACACACACACACACAGGUGAGAGACACACACACACACACACACAAACACACACACACAGGUGAGAGACACGCACACACACACACACACACACAGAUAUUGUUUAAAAAUGAGGAUGCACUAGGACUGGGCGGUUAUAUGAUCGUGAUCGAUGAUCGUGAUAAGUUUCAGUUUGAUCGCGUUGAUCAGCUGUGAGAAUAUUUACUCGAUCAACAUGGCGGAAAUGUGCGUGACGACAGCCAAUCAGAGUCGAGCUUUUUUCUGCUCACUUCUGUAAGUUGUUGGAGAAGUAAACAGAAUGACCGAACAUGGGGAUGAGGGCAGCGAAGUAGAUGUCAGCCGUGACUUUGAGUCAUCCUCCGGAGACGUUAUUGUUCAGAAGUUAUUGAACGUCGGUUGUGUGUUGGUGGUUCGGGUUUCUCAAAAGUGACGUCGAGUAAUUAAGCCGAUAAACCGGCAACACAACAGAUCUGUUUAAUCAUUUGAAGAAGUUCUUCCCGAGUGAUUAUGAGGAAGACAUGAAAAUGUGGGCGGAGUCUGUACAGCCUGUCACUGCUGACGGCACGGGUAGCAUUAGCAGUUUAGCCAAAACCAAAGCAGCGCUCAAUCGUAUCAUCUACGUUUACAUCAUCUGAUGUUUACAGUUUAAGGCGUCUUCAUCAUCUCUGAGGAGGUGAUUUAUUUAUCUUGGGUCAAAAACACUCGGGACUAUAUUUUCUAUAUUUAUCUAUAUUUGUUGUUCUGUUGAGUUAAAAUGUUUUUUAUAUUUUUCUAAGUGAAUCUUAUUCUUUAUUUGUUUUGUAUGUUCAUAAAAUGUUAAACUAAUCCUUAAAUUCUUCAGUUUUUAGUACAGAUGCUUUAAAACUGGCUGUUUAAAAAAAAAAAAAACAUGAUAAUAACUGAGAUCAGACGAUAUGACAAAAUAUAUCGUGAUCAUUUUUUUUGCCAAAUCGCCCAGGCCUAGGACGCAGCAUCUAUGAUUUCCAGUUCUGUGUUGAGAGGACAAAAGGCGAAACGUCUCAAGUCCGUUUGUCGUUUCCAAAAGAGGGUCAGAUUUUGAUUCCUCAGACCUCAGGACAGUUCAGUGAUAUUAAGCUCAUGUGGUGACUCCAACUACAGAGUCCUGAUGCUCCUGAACCCUUUUACCCGUUUGUUCGUCUCUCUUGAUGCCAUCUUGUUGCUAAACUAGUUUCAAUCAGAUAUUGAUAUUGAUACCAAUCAGGCUCGUCUUGUGAAAUCAGGGUUGUCAGAUAUUUUGGAUUUGAGAUGAAAUUAUUUAAAAUAGUUGAUGUGAACUUAAAUUCAGAUACAGGAGUCGUUUAAUUCAUCGAUGAAAGUGAAACUCUUCUUAAACAGUCGGUGUUCCUCUGACGGUCCUUCAUGCUAACAUCACAGCGCUGCUACGACGACAACAACAACAACAACUGUACAAACUGAUCAGAGUGUUCCUGCUCUGCUUUCAUAACCAGGCCGGCAGCACAUUCCUGGACUGAACACACACACACACACACAGUCACACAAACACACACUACGACACACAAAGGGCUUCAUUUCCCUAAUCUGAGUCCAGGAGAGCAGCUCUGCGGUUUCUCCUCGCUCUUCAGGACUUUUGAAACUUCACGUUAGCGUUAAAGCUCGGACUCUGCAGCUCAUCUUUGUCAGUGAGAGCGGCCUCUAAUAAACAGACCCGAACCCGGCUCCACACUCCCACACAGCUGUGGUGGACUGAUGGAGGCCGGACCGUCUGAACAAUGAGAGUCUGUUGCAGUGAACGGUCUCCUGCUGGCUGACUCAUUUUGGACACAGACACUUUACAAAACUCUGAAAGAAGAGCUCUUCAGUUUUCAUCAUUUUUCUGCUCCGGCUACACAGACCGGGCCGAUCAGGGAGGAACGCCAUCUCCAGCCCGUUACACACGCUCAGACGGAAGGUUCUGGAAAAUUUCAGGACGUGUUUCAGAGUUGUUGUUAUUCACACACGUCCCUCAGAGUGUGAAGUUUUCAGUGUCGGAGGUCUGAAGAAGGACACUGAGGUCGAUUUAACUGAACCGAACAGACCAGGUUCAUAGAAAUAAAGUUUAUUUUGUGAAUUAAUUGAGUUUAAAUAGGUGUUCGUUCUGCAACCCAAUACAGUCUGACAGGAAGGAGGAAUACGAGAACACCUCCACGAUCAUGCAGCUGAAGUAUGAAGCAGGUUUAUCAGGUCUACUAAGAUCUCAGAAUAUAAACCACAUCACCUCUCUCAUCUUCACUUUACUGCUCAUUACUCCUCUAUAGGGCUGGGCGAUAUGUGAAAAAGUUUAUCAGGAUAUAUUUAUUUCCUAUCAGCUGAUAUCGAUCAAUAUCAGGAUAUAAAAAUCUAACAGUGUUUAUUGGUCUCAUGUCUUCUCCAACACAAUAAUCUCCUGCAUCUGUAUCUGAAUGUAACCUUUUGCGUUGCGCGUGCUCUGCGGCGUGGCGCUGCUUCAGGUGGUGAAAAAGAUUUGAGGUAUUCCCCGACUUUGUGAGAACAUGUACUCGACAUAAUUUACAGUCCACAUUACUCUGCUUCAUGUCCGACCUCCAAAAACCAAAAUACCUCCACACCACCGACGUUUUCCUAACGCCAGUGUUGUGGUUGACAUUGAUGUGGUCAUCUGUUGAGCCUUCAUGGUCAUUUCUGUGUCGGCUUCACCUGUUAAAGUGCUAUGGUUGGGUGGAGCUGCUGUCUGCUACGACGCUGCAGUUGGUUGAUACUUGGUUCUAAUUCAGAACAUGAUUGGUUCAGACCCGGAGAAACUCCCCUUUUCAUUGGCUGUUCGUGUAGUCGACCAAAACAUGCUGACUAUCUAAAAUAUAUUAAUAUUGAGGGAAAUUAAUUUUCAAUAUUUAUCGUUUUAUCGCCCAGCCCUGCUCCUCCCUGAAAAAUGACCUGGAGGCUGGACAGAGUAGGACGAGUGUGAAUAAGGUUUUGGGUUUUGAUGUACAGCUGCAGGUGAAGGGUUAAAAAAUGUCUCAGAGGAAUGUCUGGGGACACCUGAAAAGAGCAGAAACAAUGACAACACCUGAGACACGCUCGACUGUACUGUUGUAUUAAAGGUAAAAUUAGGAAUACCGUAUUUUUCAUGAUAAGGCGCAUUUACAAUCCUUUAAUGUGCGCCUUCUGUAUGAAUUCUGGUUGUGCUGACUGACCUCGAACCGUUUUUUACACAGCGCUCAAAAAUCUGAAAUGUUUUAUCACGACUUCAGUAAUGGUUUGUCGGAGCGCUGCAGCUGCUGUAGCCUCUCGGAGUUACUGAAUGAGUUAAAUAAAUUUGACUAAUCUGACUGUUUUGUUUGGAUUAAUGCGCUUUAUAAUCCGGUGCGCCUUAUGUAUGAAAAUAGACGCGUUCAUUGAUGGUGCGCCUUAUGAUCAGUUGCGCCUUAUAGUGCGAAAAAAAUACGUAACUUGAUCUGAUCAACCUGACCUCAGUUUGAAAAGAUAACAGUUUUAAAAGCUCAUUAUCAGUGUUGAUAAUUGAUCAUUUCUGCAGAUAUUCGUGACCAAAACCGUGAUAAAGUUUGAGUAUGUGAUUUCAGCUGUAUGGAGGUCAUUUUAAGGGGUUUAAAUUGGCCCAAAGACUCGGUUCUGAUCCAGUCUGAAAAGGCGUUACUGUGAUCUUUGAGGAUGUCUGACUUUUAAACCAGCCGACCGUCACAUAGAGAGUCACAGGUGAAUUCUUAACAUUAAAAAACAAAGGUGUGUUCGUCUGGGCUGAAGUCUGUUAAAAAUGUCCCUGAAACUGCUGGUGUUUGAUGGAUCUGUUCAGUCCUGGAGGUUGUAGUUAUAAGUCAGAGUCCUUCCUGUGGGCGGGGCUAAAGUAAAGGCGCUGGAAUAAAAGCGAAAGGUCACAUGAGUUUGUCAGAUGAGAGUAUUUUCCACGUACAAACAGAGUCUGUGUCCUCGUCUCCAGUCCCUGUAAUCAUCAGGAAUCCACCGUGUCUGUGCUGCAUGGGUUCACACUGUGAAUGUCAAACUGGCCCAGAGCCAGAGCCGGACUGGUUUAGGUCCAACAGGUGCAGAUGAAGACCAGUACAGAGCGGUCGAUCGGACGGACGGUCGGUCGGUUGGUUGGAGUGUGUGUGAAGUGGAGGUGAAGUCGGGCUGCAGCGGGGAGGCCUUUUGUUCAGCUGCUCAGACCGGCCGGGGCCCCACACUCCUGCAUCCGUGUGUGUGUGUGUGUGUGUGUGUGAGAGAAGCAGCUGGUUGCUCAGGCUCACUCAGGGGGGUGAAGCGAGGCAGUGACAAAGCAGCCUUUCAUAUUCUCUCUCUCUCUCUCUCUCUCUCUCUCUCUCUGUAUUUAAAUAUAGCUGCUCCUGCUCUGCUGUAUUUUUCCUCUGAGCAGACGGACGCUCUGUUCCUGUUCCCUUUAUCAACAGAAACACCAACGACAAAACAUCCACAAACUCCUCUUUUGGUCCUGUCGGGCUUCCAUACUUCACUGUCAGAUAAGGUGGAAAGUUACCGAGUCAGUGGACUUCACUGCGGCGUCAUGAGAGCGCUCUCCGUCUGAGCGCAGGACUCUGAGCUGUGGGGUUUAGAUGGUAACAGCGUGAAGCUUUAAAACGAGGUUAAUUUAAUGAAAGUGCAGAAAACAGCAUCGAUAACAUUUUCAGUAAAGAGACCACAUGACAGGGCUUUAUAGAAACUAUUUUUAAUCAGUAACUAAAACCUUAUUCAAACUUAUAAUAAAUUCAGAACAGAGAAAAAUCGACUUCUUAUAAAAGUUUAAACCGCCGUCCGAACUGAGGAAUUCUACGACAGAGUAUUAGGGCCACAUUAAAAAAAAUUCAAAGAGUUAGAGAUUAAAGUCAUUAAUAUAAGAGAAUAAAAGUUGUGAUAAAGUAAUUAAAUAUGAGAAAUAACUUAAAAAAUCAUUAUUUAAGAGAAUAAAGUUGUAAUAAAGUAAUUACUUAAGAGAGUAAAGUCUGAAUAAAGUCCUUCUAUUCUAAUAGCAGUAGCUCAGGUAGAGCGGUUGUCCAAUAACUGGAAGGUUGGCGGUUCGAUUCCCUCCUAUCCUGAGUCUGUCCAUCGUGUCCUUGGGUAAGACACUUAACCCACCUUGCUCCCAGUGUGUGUCCUCCACUGGUGAGUGUUGUGUGGUGGUGGUCGGAGAGGCCGUAGGCGCAAAAUGGCAGCCACGUUUCCGUCAGUCUGCCCCAGGACAGCGGUGACUACUAAGGUAGUUUACCACCACCAAAGUGUGACUGUGUGAAUGAAUGAAUGAAUGAAUGAAUGAUGUAUCCAAUGUAAAACGCUUUGAGGGUCUCUGAUAAAGCGCUAUAUGAAAUCUGAUGCAUUUUUAUUAUUAUUAUAACCUGUUGCCUAAGAUGACAGCUGUUGAAAUUAGAGCCAUGGAGCAUUUCGUAAAAAAGUACUUCAGUUUAUGUUUCUCAAAUAAGGAGAUACUUCAUCUUUUCGCACAUCAGCACCACAUUAUCAUAAGUAUAGUAGUAGUUCAUUACAACUUUAGUCUCAUAAGUAAUUACUUUUUUACAGCUUUAUUCUUAUAAAUUAAUGACUUUAAUCCUGACUUUAAUUUGGCCCUGAUACUCAACUCGACUUUAUUUGUAAAUCACUUUAAAACAACCACAGCUGAGCAAAGUGCUGAACAUAAACAGACAAAACAAAUAAAAGCAGAAUUAAAAAAUAAGAUAUAGUUUCAAUGUUUUUAAAAACUAAUUUAAAAACAAUAGAAACAAAUAACUGAAAUGACUAAAAGACCCUCAUGCAGGGUUGAAAGACAAUGAAUAAAAAUGAGUUUUAAGACGAGUUUUAAAAACGGACAGUGUGGGGGGGCUCGUCUGAUUUGGAGGGGUCGCUCGUUCCAUGAUUUUGGGGCCGUAACAGAAAAAGAUCGAUCCCCUCUGAGCUGAUCAGCUGACCUGAGGCACCGAGCGAGCGAGCGAGCAGGGGUGUAGAGGCUCAGAGAGGUAAGAUGGAGUCGGACCAUUUAAAGAUUUAAAAACAAAAGAAUCUUAAAAUGAAACCAAAAUGAACGGGUAACCAGUGGAGGUCAGGAUGGAGGAAUAUGUACUCCAGUUAAUGUAAUACUCUGCCAUGAUUCCCAUUUUAAUCCUCAGUUCACUAAAAAAAAGUUCCUGAAUCUCAAAUCUGUGAAAUUAUGAAUAAAAACCAAAACCUUCAUGAGUCUGUCUGCCUCCCCAGGACCAGAACACGUACCCUGCUCCUCCACACGGCCCGGGCCCGGCCAACCCCAUGACCUCUGCCCCCGGGAACAACGCCAUGACCGCCCAGCAGGGGGCGAACGCCAUGGCGGGUAACCACGGUAACGCCGCGUACAUGAACAGCCAGGCGGCGGUGGCGGCGGCGCUGAAACAGCAGCAACAUCAGCAGCAGAUCCUGGAGCAGCAGAAGCAGCAGUACAUGCAGAGGCAGCAGCUGAUGGCUGAACAGGUAACAGGACGACAGGGAGAGACGAGGUCCACCUGAUUCAGAGUCAAACCAUGAAGAGCAUCUAUAUUCAUACUCUGUCAUCUGUACUGAUAUUAAAACCAGAGAACAUGAACCUGCAGUCGAUCUGAGAGGAAGUGAAGCUCAGAACAUGUUUUAUUUUGACCAGCAGAGGGAGCUGUUUAUCCAGGAACUACAGCGUCCAAAGUUUAAAACGUUCUGGACUGUAGUUCUGACCUCUGUCUGCAUCAUCGAACCUCUUUGAGUGUUUUUAUCGUUUCUGUUUUGGUUUAAAAGUGAUUUAAAAUCCUUGUUUUAAAAGCUUUUUGACAGUUUUAGAGUCCAGACUGAGUCCUGUGUUUGUCCCUGCAGGAGAAGCAGCGUCAGCAGGACCAGCAGCUGCAGAGACACCUGACCCGACCUCCCCCGCAGUACCAGGACCAGCCGGGACAGCCGGCCAAUCAGAACCCUUUCCCACAGCCGCCAGUCAACCAGUUUACAGGUAAGACAAGAGGAAGUCCCGCUCACCUGUGUGAUCGGAGACCUUCUUCAGGUUAUUUCACUGAGUUAGUUUAAAAUCUUAAAUCUGACGCUCAGACUGAAGCUCGACACGGUUUUAAUCCUCAGAUCAGUUUAUUAAUAAGAUUUAUAUUUAAAUAAAAGUUUUUAAAAAGUUUUAAAAACCUGAAGGAGACGUUUUAACUUCCUCUGACCUGAACAAACACAGAACGACUUUUAACAGGUUAGAGAGCGGAGUAAGAAUUCACUGAGAGGAGUAAAGUUACAGGAGGAACAGAGGGACGACUGUACACACACACGCACACACACGCACGCACACACACACACACGCACACACACACACAGCCUGGAGGAAGUAGUUUCUGCUGGAUCACCUGAUCUCUGUGGGAAAACCUGAUGCAGCAAACCUUCAUUUAAAAACCAGCAGAUCGAUCUGAAGCUCUGAUUCAUGUCCGGACCGUGGGGGGGGGGGGUCUAGUCUCAGAAUAAUCUGUUAUAAUCCAAGAUGAGGUUCUGGUGGUCUGAGCGCUCCGUAUUCUCGGGCUCAGUCCUCCGUUCAGGUCCUUCAUAAAUGAGGUAAACGUCUGAACCGGCAGAUUUCAGAGGACAAAAAAUCAACCCUGAAACAGACGGCGGUGAUAAAACUCUAAAAGUGUGGUGAUACACUCUCGCCCUCCGGUCCUCAUCAGAACUCUGUGUCUGUAAGUUCUUCCUGAAGAGGCCGGAGAGCAGGACGUUACUAUGAUCUAACAGAAGGAGAUAAAAGCGUAAAAAUAAAUCCUGAUUCAGAUCUGCUGAACCUGCUGGUCUGGUCGAUCACAGACGACGUUUGUUUGUCUGCGUGUAAACGACUCCGACCGCUGAUUUGAAAGGGAAAUAAAGAACGCAGACGCACAGACUCUGUCUGUCUGUUUGUUUGUCCGUCUGUCACUCGGCGCUGAGCGUCGGCGAAGCGUCCGCACAUGUCCGUCCUUUAUCAGUGUGAGGUCAGAGGAGACAUCCUGACCUCCCCUGUAAUUGAAUCCUUGUCACCUGAUUGGACGUUAGUUCAUGACCUCUCACUUUCUCUCUUCCCAGCUUCCUCUCAGCCAAUGGGCAGUGUCGGUUCCAUGGGAGGCCCCGCCCCUGGAUCUCAGCGCAUGUUUCCUCAGAACCAAGGCAUGAUGGGUAUGAACAUGGGUCAGGGCGGUGGGCCGGCGGGUGGUGUAGCUCCGCCCCCCGCUGCGAGUCAGGCUGACAUCAGUCUGUCAUCAUGUGGAGGUGGAGGGGGCGGGGCCGGCGUGGAUGUCCAGCUCUACAACAGCAUGAACCUUCACCCCAACCACCCGUCUCACCCGUCUCACCCGUCUCACCCGUCUCACCCCCCCCAGCAGCCCGGUCUCCAGCGUCAGACUCUGGGCGCCAUGAGCGCCCCCUACAGACAGAGCCUGCUGGCCCAGCAGCAGCAUCUGAAGGCUCAGCCCAACGCCGCCAUGCUGAAGCAGCAGCAGCUGGCCGCCGCCGCUGCCGCUGCCCGCAUGCCGGGCCCCAUGCAGAACAGCAUCGGGGCCAGCCUCCCCGCCUCCAUGGCAGGCGGCAUGCAGGGGCCUCAGGGCGCCACCUGGCAGCAGCAGAUGACCAACCAGACGCCUUCCAACAACGCCGGCCUGCCCCCCAACGCCUUCAACAACGCCCCCAACGCCUUCCACAUGCAGCAGCAGCGCAUCCCCAAGAUGGCGCCCAACGCCGCACCCUUUGGUGCAAACCCUGGCGGGCGUCCCAUGGGGGGCCUGAACCCCGGACAACAGAUGAUGCAGACGAACAUGGCCGCCGCCCAGCAGAGGGCGCCGCCCAACCCUCAGAGCCUGGGCCAGCCAAUGGCCAAUCAGCAGCAGACUCAACAGCAGGCCAAUCAGGGCCAGGCGGUGCUGCCCGACCUGGCGGCGUUCGGACAGCCACAGGGCAACGGUCGCCAGGGACUGCAGUGUAACCAAGGUUACCAGGUGAGCAGGACUGCCAACCAGCAGCAGCAGCAGGUGUCGUUCGGUUACAACGCGGCGUCGGGAAGCUUCGCCGGCGAGAGCGAGCUGGUCGACUCGCUGCUGAAGAGUCAGAGCACGCAGGAGUGGAUGGCCGACCUUGACGAGCUGCUCGCCAGCCACCAUUAACCCGACACACCUGAGAACCGCCUCUGUCCGCCCCUGUCCCCAGGACGCCACUGAGACUGGAGGCGGAGUCUCUGAGGACUCUGUGAUGUCACAGGUGUGAUAUCACGUGGUCAGAUGACGCUCUGAUCCGUAGGUCCAGACAGGAAGUGUUUGUUAGCGUUAGCCGCACAGCUGAAGGUCUCCGAGUUCUGCUCUGAUCCGUAGAGGAGGCGGUUCUGACCCGAAUCCAGAUCAGGUGUUAGACCGUUCAGACCUGGUUCUGGUCUGAGGAGGUCCAGAGUCUCAGAGCUGAGGGUCUCUCCUGAUCCUGAUCCGAGGUUCUGGUCUCUGCUCCUCCUCAGACUGAUUAUUGAUUAUUGAUUUACUGAACAGAGACUGAGUCCGACUUAGACUACUGAACCACUGGACCUGCUCCACAGCGCCCCCUGCAGACCCUCAGCUUCAGCCAAUCACAGCUCUUCAAAACGCUGACUCCGCCCCCUCUUAAAACCAUCUGAAUGUUUUUUAAACACGACAGCGUGACGCGAUUUUAAAGGAGCAUUCUGCUGUUUUUACAAGUUUGACCACGAAAAAUAACAAAUUAAAGUUAAAGGGAUAUUCCAGCGUAAAAUCAAUUUAGGGUCAAACUCACCGUAACACCGAGUUAGACCCCCCCUCCAGAGAUGAAUGUUGUCGACCGCUUCCUUCUCUAGUUAUACCAACUUUAGUAACGACUGCAGGAUAGAAAUACAGAGAGACACGCCCUCAACCAAAACGCCACUCUAUAGUGAGACCUCAGGCCAGUCCAUUACAGACUACAGCGGGGUGCCACAGCUCAAGGAAGAACAUUUAUGAUCAUUUCUUCACGGAAAUACAAUCAGACCGAGACGCUAAGACAGAAGAACUACCGCGUCUGUAAAAUGAUCAAUAUGGUGAUUAUUACUUCAAGGAAAUGAUAAAGAAAUGAUCAUAAAUGUUCUUCCUUGACUCUGUAGUUGGACUCACCGCAUCAUGGGCUUAAUAUCACUCGUCCUUUAACUGUCCUGAGGUCUGAUGGAUCUAAAUCUAACUCUCUUUUGGAAAGGACAACUGGACUUAAUCGAGACGCUUCACCUAAGACUGUGUAGAGAACUCUGCACAGUCCAGUUGUCUGAUUUUGGAGUUUUCUGUAAUGAGGUUCAAAGUAGACGUGAGGACAGGCUGCUUUACAUACACACACACACACACACACACACACACACACACACACACACACACACACACACAAACACAGUUAUUUACAUGUUUACAGCAGCAGCAGGAGGGGGCGUGGUUUAGGGAAAUCAGCUGUUGGGAUCAUUUCCAGAUAACAGACCGAUCAGCUGAUUCUCUCUCUGUAGUCGCCCCCCGUCAGACUGAAGGAUCUCAGAUCCACCUCCAGGUUCUAGUGGGUCACAGGAACCCGUCCUCAGUGACAGAACCAGCUGUAAAAACAUGAGAAUGCUCCUUUAAAAUCGGACCGUUCAGAGGGUCGUGUGAAGAAAUCUACAGCAGAUUAAAGUGUUUUGUUCUUCUGUAGACCUUCUGGUUCUGGUUCUGUCAGACCCAGAUCCUCUGAACUUUGACCAGAACCACAUCAGCAGGUCAGAGAAAAUCUUUGUUCUCUUUGUUUCUGAGUUCUGAUAGUUUCGGGUUCUGGGUCCUGGUCUCCUUUCUCCUCCAUGUUUGAAAAGUUCUGUGUGUGAAACGGUCCGAUCGUCAAAGUUGAACUCUUUCAGAACCUUUUCCUCCUCCGCUCAGCCGGCGCUGAAAUCUCAAAGUCAUCCAGACUCGACCUGUCGAUUCAUUUCAACAACAAAAGUCACUGAAGUUCGUGUUUGUGUGGAAACGCUGCGUUCAAGUGUUUCAGGAAAAGAGACGAUCCUCACCGCCGUCUCUUAAAGCCGCUCAGGCGCCGAUCAAUCGCUGCGUUCAAAGACAAAGAAAAGCAUCAGUAUGUGAGUUUUCAGACAUCAGCCGCUGAAGGUUUCUCCUCCGUGAGGUCAAACGUCUCAUGGAAGAGGUUUGAGACGUUGAAGCUGCGUUAAAAGAAUCUUUACGGGGUUUAAAAAACAUCAUUUUUACGUCUUUUUAAAACUUUCUGAACGGAUCUGAAAUUUUCCACAGAAGUUCUGAGUUUUCCCGACUUUUAGAAAAGUUCUUGAACGCAGCGUUUCUGCUCCUCACACGUUUCCAGAGAAAUAAAAAACCUUAAAAACUUAAAUCCACGGUUUUAAUUCAGCGGCGGUCAGCGUUCGGUUCUCUGAGGGACUUUUCCAGACCCGGUCUCCUGGUGUCUGAUCCCGGUUCUGAAGGCGGUUCUGUGACCCGGGCGGGACUGUGAGCCUGCUCUCUAUCUACUGUACUGUUCAUAGCGUCUGCAGAAACGUGGUGUGUGUUUUUAUUUGUGAAAAAAGAAAAAAAAAGCUCGGGGCUGGUUUGGUGUUUGGAUCUGCCGCUCUCCUGUCGACCUUUGACCCUCGGCUGGGCUCAGCAGGUUUUCUGGGUUUCUGUCUCGUGAAGGGGCUCGCUGUAAAUGUCUAUAAAUAUAUUUUUUGUAUGUAAGCCUUUCCUAAUGAUCUGGAGAAGAUAGAUGUUAUUUUUAUAUAUUGCAGCGGAGUUUUUGUAAGUAUUUUAUACUUUUGAUAUGGUUCUCUGUAAAACAAGAGUAUUAUGUAAAUAUAGUUCUUUAGAAACACCUCCACCUCUCUGUGUGUUUUUGUUUGUGUGUUUAAGUGAAGAAGAAAAAAAACAUCAUCCACCUUCUUAAAGACGCUGUUUUAGAGUCUAAAACGGGUUUUAGAUUAAAAAUCUAAAUCUGAGAAAAAUGUGUUUUUUUAUAUCAGUCACAGUUUAACGAUGUUUGAUAAUUAGGAGUUAUUAAAAAACAAAGUAGUCAGAGAUCGGAUGAGAAGAAGGACUUCUCCUCAUCGUCGUUUUCUUCCGCUUCAUCCGGGUCCGGGUCGUGGGGGCAGCAGCUUCAGGGAAGUCUGUAAAUCUGGACUCUGAUAGUCUUCACUGAAUCAGGUUCACCCCCAAUCUCCACCGCAUCCUGAGCGUCUAUGAAAAGGCCGAAUCCACCAAUCGAAGGUAAACAAACAGGUCAAAACACUCUUUUGGAAAAGACAACUGGACUUACAGGGAAGGGAGGGAAGUCCAGACGGCCCUCACCCCGGACACUUCCACCAGCUCCUCCUCCGGGGGGGAUUCCCAGGUGCUCCCAGGCCAGGCGAGAGAUAUAAUCCCUCCACCUGGUCCUGGGCCGGCCACGAGGUCUCCUGAGACCUCCUGAGCACCUGAGAGAGGAAAAUAAAAAAAGGUAGUUUUGGUCAAAGUGUCCUGAGAGCGACUCUUUGACCCAAACUAGAAUCAGAAUCAGAAUCCGAACGCUCUUUACUGUCAUUUUACAACCAGAUUGGAGAGCUUCUCCAUUUUUAGUGCAAUAGAUUAAAAAAAAGAAAACAGAGACUGAAUAAAAAGUACAAAAACACAAAAAAGUAAAAUAAUAAUGGGUACAGACUAUAUACAGGAGAAAAUCCUCUGGUGCAGCGAAGACAGUGAUGAAAAUGAACAGACUAGAUUAUAUUAUAGAUUAUAUUAUAGAUUAUAUUAUAAAAUUAUAGACAAGAUUUUAAAGAAAAAACCUCUGAGUUCAGUUUUCUUCAGCACGUCACAAACACGGUAAAGGUAGGUGGUGUUUAUUUAUUUAUUUUUUAACCACUUUAAGAAUCUAAUCCGAGUCGACCCGUUCUGACCCGAGAGAGAGACGGUGCUGAUGCUUUUCUCUUCUGUCGUUUAGAUCAGAGGUUCACCAAGACCCCCAAACAGCAUCAGCCUUUGUCCGGGGACCCCCUAUGCAAACCUACUGACAAUAUAGAAAUUAUAUUUUAUAAUAAGGCUGAGAAAUAAAUAUAUUUUUAAUUUUCUUUUUUUUUCUCGUGUUCCCUCCAACUUUUUGCGCCCCCCCCCACACACUUUGAAAACCAGUGGUUUAGAUGAUAGUAACGUCCUGCUCUCUGACCUCUUCAAGAAGAACUUACAAACACUUUAAUUAUUACAGAAUUCAGCUGUAAGAGUUCUGACGGCGAGAGCGUAGAACGCCAGUUUUAGAGUUUUACCAUCGCCGU